AUGGGCAACGUCGCGAGCUGGUGCACAGGCGCGCCGGACCCGACGUCUGUGAUCAAGCACGUGACGCACGCUGGCCUCAGCACGACUAUGAGCCUUGAAGACGUCCUCGCCAUGGAUGAGCCAUCGCCUACAUCAAACAUGCCCACCACAGGGCCAAGUACGACGCUCCCAGAUGCAACGCCAGUGCCUUCGAUUGAUCCAACACCGACGACUCACCACGUGUUUGUGCGCCAACGCUCCCAGAGCCUCGGUCAUCUGGUCGAAUUAGCCGCCGAAAGUGACCACAAUAGCGAGUGCAUGACCCGGAAGCGCGCAACAAGCAUGGACGUGCCACCGACGUCAGUUGAUGGCUUCUUGUCGCCAGCCUCAUUCGCGGUUCGCACGGUGUCGUUCACACUGCACUUUGGGAAGGGUAGUGUGUACGUCUUCCAUGUCCAAGUCGGAAGUGACCCCGUGCUCGUCGUGACGAAGACGCGGCGCGAGUGCAAAAAACUCUAUGCGUCUCUGAAGCACUUUGUACGAUGCCCGUUACCACCAUUUCCUCCCAAGACGGGCUUGCUGCGCUCAAAAGAGGUAUCAAACGCGGAGUCGACGUCGUUUAUGCAGGACUUCCUGGAGCAUUUCCUUGCGAUUUCUGCCGUUCGCACCGCGAAGGUCACGCAGGAGUUCUUCCUCUUGCAUGCACCAUUGAUCUGUCAUUAA